GUUGUUGCGGCGCGUUGUUUGUAAUGGCUCGGCAGGGUCAUGGCUCGUUGGUGCUUUUACAGGGGACGCCGCAGAAGGAUGUUGUAAUAAAGCCGGAUGCGCCAAGCACGUUGCUUUCAGAGAAACAUGCAGACUACAUCGCCUCGUACGGAACGAAGAAAGACGAUUACGAGUACUGUAUGUCUGAGUACUUGAGGAUGAGCGGUGUUUAUUGGGGGCUGACAGCCAUGGACCUCCUGGGACAGCUGCACCGAAUGAACAAAGAAGAAAUUCUGGCAUUCAUCAAAUCGUGUCAGCAUGAAUGUGGUGGAAUAAGUGCCAGCAUAGGUCAUGAUCCCCACCUUCUGUAUACCCUGAGUGCUGUCCAGAUUCUGAUCUUAUAUGAAAGCCUCCAUGUUGUUGAUGUAAAUAAAAUUGUUGAGUAUAUACAGAGCUUGCAGAAAGAAGAUGGAUCAUUUGCUGGAGACAAAUGGGGAGAAAUAGAUACAAGGUUCUCCUUUUGUGCUGCAGCAACUCUUGCACUUCUAGGAAAAUUGGAUGCUAUUGACGUGGGGAAAGCAGUAGAAUUUGUUUUGUCCUGUAUGAACUUUGAUGGAGGAUUUGGCUGUAGGCCAGGUUCUGAGUCACAUGCAGGACAGAUCUAUUGUUGCACAGGAUUUCUGGCUAUUACAGACCAGUUGCAUCAAGUAAAUGUUGACUUGCUGGGAUGGUGGCUUUGUGAACGUCAGCUGCCUUCUGGAGGUCUCAACGGGCGUCCAGAGAAGUUACCUGAUGUAUGCUAUUCAUGGUGGGUUCUGGCAUCUCUGAAGAUGAUUGGUAGGUUACAUUGGAUUGACAGAGAGAAACUGCGCUGCUUUAUUUUGGCUUGCCAGGACGAGGAGACUGGAGGAUUUGCUGACAGACCAGGAGAUAUGGUGGAUCCAUUUCACACUUUGUUUGGAAUUGCUGGACUAUCCUUACUUGGGGAAGAACAAAUUAAAGCUGUCAAUCCUGUCUUCUGUAUGCCAGAAGAUGUCCUUCAAAGAAUAAAUGUACAGCCUGAGCUUGUGAGCUGAAUCUCAUGGAGACAGCAAAUUGAUAGACCCUCUUGGUUUGGUUUUACUGAUUGGAAGUCAUCUUUGAAGCUUGGAAUAUUCUUAAUAUUCUUCUUUGAUAUGUGUUUACAUUACUACAGUAAAGCAGUAGCUUUACAGUGGGCUUUGUCACUUUGUGAACUGUAUUGUAACUGGCUUGUUGUAGUAUUCUGAGUGUAAUAUGUUCUUUGGUUGUACAUAAGAGAUGUAGAAACAUUUCUAAUCUGUAUCUAAAGAUAUAGGCUUUUUUUUUUUUAAUAACCAAGUUGCAGCAGUAGUGUGACUAGCUUAAUUUUUUCUAUUCCUGCAGUGUCAGCCGUGGUAGCAUCUGUCUUUACGCAAGUGUGUUCUGAUGGUGUGUCACACACAGCACUUCAGAAGAAUACAGGAAGAAAAACCACCCAACUUAAGCCGUGCACUUAAUGCCAAACGCUUGUCUGUGUAAUUCUGGCUGUUUUCACUUCUAUAUACUCAGAUGCAAGCAACUUCUUUUCAUAGUAAUUGUUACCAGUAAAAGCAACAAAAAAUAUGAUUCUAUUAAAGACAGGAAUAUACUCCUAUUACUGCAAAAGUUCCUUUUGACGAAAUUCCCCUGAUAGUUGAAAUGGAGCAUACCUUGAGUGUAUCUGCACUGAAAAUUGCUGAUGUUAAUCAUUAUAGAGAAAUUCUUCAUAGGAAAGCGACUUGCAGCUGAAUAUAGUGCUGACCGUAAAUUUAUUGCUGGACUGGAAUUCUGGCUUUGCAGCUUUUAAGACAAAAAUUGCCAGCACUUCAUUAUGCUGUAGUUGAGAGUUAAAUUAGCUGUGGAAAACACUCAUCUGAAAGAUGAAAUCCUUUUGUCUUGACAGAAGCCAUAAAAUUGCAUGUUUCUUCACAUCCUCCUGCACACUGUCUGAAACUGAAUUUCACUUCACAGUGAAAUGUAGUUGGGAGGGGGAAGAAGUUCUUUGGUAAUUGCUGUAUGUAUGCUUAAAGAAGGUCUAAAAGUAUUUCAACACUUCUGAUCACCAGCGGCUUAGUUUUAUCCAACCUAUUCAUCCUAGUAGAGAAUAAGGUGCAGCAACUUCUUGGGAAAUUCAGAGACUGAAGGCUCAAAUACUACGUUUGGGAUUUUUUGUUUUUUUUUUUUAAACUUUUAUUUCUCUGGAGGCUUUUAGAUGAUUAAAAAAAAAAAAAAAAAGUGGUUCCCUUCUAAUGGCUCAGUUUCCUGGUGAAUUAUUUGGUCAAAGCCUGGAAUUUAUUUUUUCAAGGUUUGGAAUUUAAGGCUGACUUUUUGUUGAGUAUGGGGGAAUGAGAGCACUGGUUAGGUUUUAUUUAUUUGUAAAAAAUACAUAGAAAGUUAAAAAUUAAGAAGAAAUAACCUCACAUCCGGGUAAGUGCUGCUUCUUUAUUCAGAGCUUCACUCUCCAGGACGUAGGCAUUUACUGCUUUUUCUGUGUUAUAUAAACAUAACAGAAUACGGUUCAGAAUUUCUAGUUUAGUAUAGACUGUGAGACAUUCUGGGAAUUAAAAUGUGGGUGACAGUACACGAGAGAAUAGAACACAGCAGGUUGAAAUCCUGUUCAUGUUAUUGAAACUUGUCGGAAGGAGGUCUGGUCACCUUGGUUUAAGUCAGCUGUAGUUGAUAAAGACCACGUUAUACAGAUUGCGGGCUAAAAAUGAAUGAAUAUGUGUCCAAACAAAACACUUCUUAAUUUUUUUUCUUCCGUUCUUUACUUCUUAACUUAUAGAUACUGUGUGUAUAUAUAUACAAAAAAUCAUCACUGUUUUUUGUCAUGCAAACGAAAUCAAUUCUUUUCAAUGUACUGUGGAAAAAAAUUAGUUGGCCCAUGUGCAUCUAUUAAAACACUUCAAUAUGA